GCAAAUGACUCAUGUCCAUAUCAACCCAGCUGCGCCGCAGAUUCAACACGGAGCAGCUGCUGUGAUUGACACAUACCAGCAUCCACUCACAAACCGAGUCUUGUGUCCUCUGACAAAUGGCUAUGCGCUAGUUUUAGCCUUGGACUCCAGCCAUCGCUUUAAAGUUGCUGCUCUUCGGCCAGUGUAGCUGCAAAAUCGGCAUAAGGGUGGCUCUUAUGUCGAACCACGAAAGCAGAAGCAGAAAUACAAGCAGUCAUGAGAGCCUCAAUUAUGUGGCCCAUAAUGAGUUCAGUGCUCCUCUUUCCGUAGCCAAGAGCGAACGUCAACAGCAUCAGUGGUCACAAUUUCAGGCACUGCAAUGAACGACUCUGACAUUUCCUACGACUCCAUCUACGAAGAUGAAGUAUGCGAAAAAGAGGAGGUGGUCCAAUUCGCCUUCUUUGCUGUUCCCAUUUUCUUCUCUGUUGUGAUCACGCUGAGCCUCGUUGGAAACCUCCUGGUCCUGGUCAUCCUGGCUUUGUACGAGAACCUCAAAUCCCUCACCAACAUUCUCAUCCUCAAUCUGGCCGUGUCCGACCUACUCUUCACCAGCGGUCUCCCCUUCUGGACCAUCUACCACAUGUGGGGCUGGGUGUUCCACAAGGCCAUCUGCAAAAUCGUCACUUUUGUCUUCUUCAUCGGCUUUUACAGCAGCCUUCUCUUCCUGACCGUCAUGACCGUCUACAGGUACCUGACCGUGGUCCACCCGCUGUCCGAUCUCAGACCGCGAAACGUCACCGUGGGGGUUCUGGUGUCCGUCCUGCUGUGGAUCGUCAGCAUCGGCGCGGCCGUGCCCUCGCUGCUCUUUAGUACCGUCGUCUCCAUCCCGCACAAAGAUAAACCAUCCCUGGGCUGCGAAUACGAGGACGACCUGUGGGCAACGGUCGGCGUUUCCCAACAGAACCUCUUCUUCUUGGUCGCAUCUGCUGUUGUGGCUUUCUGCUAUUGCAGAAUACUGGUCAGAAUCACGAGAACCAGAUCGCACACAAAAACCCGAGUGGUGAAGCUCGUUUUGUGCAUCGUGGCCGUGUUCUUUCUUGGCUGGGUGCCGUACAACGUGGCAAUCUUCCUGAGGCUUUUGUCCAACAAGUUGGUUCCACCUUUUGAAGACUGCGACACAAGUAUUCGACUCGAUUACGCGUUCUACGUGUGCCGGCUCGUCGCCUUCUCUCACUGCUGCCUCAACCCCGUCUUUUACGCGUUGGUUGGUGUGAGGUUCCGGGGUCAUCUGAAGAAAAUGUUCUGUGAACGGUUCAGAGGACCGAGCACGGUUGAGUCAAAGCAGGGACGGAUACGAAAUUUUAUCUCACAGGGAUCAAUGUAUUAGACGCUGUUCAGAUUGAUCUAUUUGCCGUGAUUGAAACUACAAUUCUUAAAAUACCAAAUUAUGGCAAUAUUGUAUGUUGGAAAGGAUUUGAAUGCUCCAGUAAAAUUAUUCACUCCUGAAUGCUGUGAGUUUUGGUAUGUCACGCUAACAAUCCAGUUAAAGAAUAAGAUAACUUAUCUGAAAUCUGAAGGAAGCAUAAUGUAUAUUUACUUAAAAAAGUAUUAUAUAUUUGUAUCGAUAAAGAGUUGGGUUACUUUGUAGGUGGUGUUCGGUUUAAUGGUUAGCAUCAGGGUAAGCGAAGUGGUGAGGGAAUAUGGUUCAUUAGGGUUUGGGAUUAAGGCUUGCACGGAAUUUGGCCAAGGGAAUACUCUGUAUCGACCAUCUGACAACAUUUGAGCUGAAAAAUGUUUGGUAAGCAAAUGUGGAGUAAUACACUGAAUUAUGAUGCUCUUUUAAUAUUCUCAGUGUGUGGUAAGUGGACCCGAGCUUGUAGGGUAUGGUUGGGGGUUAAAGUGAUUGAUUGUACAUGCAUAGAAAAGUGAACCAGUUAUACUGUAUGAGUACAGAACAAUUAUGUUUUUGUUACUCGAUUAAAUGUACUCUAACCAACCAGUAGUAUGAAAUAAAACAUUUAGUUUUAGCUUUUAUUUUAUAGCCACACAUUUGCAAUUGUCUUUUUAUGUGCAUCCCUUCCAAUGCGUUAGGCUUUAUGAGCUGCAAAAAUUGUACUAUGAAAUGUUCACAAAAGCAUUGUGGAUAAUACAUUUAUUGACGAACAUUAUUGUUUUUGCUUCCUUUUCAAAACUAUUGCCAAACGAUGAUUUGUAUAUGGAAUGUGAUUUUAAUUGAUACAUGACUGUGCAUUAUAAUCAAAUAUACUAUAUCAGAAUGUUACACAUUUCAUUCUUCUCUCAAAGUUUUCAAACCUUUUAUUUACAUUUGUGCAAAUGUAUACAAAUUAAUUAGGUACCCAACGAAUGCUGUGGCUUUCUUUUUGCAUGAAAAUAAAAC